AUGGAGCUUCCGGUAGAGACAUCCGGUUCCGCAAUGGAUGAGCAACACAUAGUGAAGGCAGAUGAAAUCGACCAGACUGGGACGGACAUCUCACCGGUCUCGGAUGACCAGCUGAUGGAAGAGGUCGCCGAGGGGCUUCGCCAGGAACAAGCCCAGACCGCGGCUGCCCCUGAGACCGCCGAAAAACCCAUGAAGCGCCCAGAGCUGCGACGUGAGAGUUCUGCGCCUCCACCACCACUACAGCCGCCGCCUCCUGCGCCUGUGGAGAGUGACCGGCCUACGGAUUCACUCAGCUUGGCUCAGCUGCGGAAGCUGGUGGGCGAUCGGCCGAAGCUCGAGCAACCGGCAUAUGCUUUUGAAUAUGCCGAUGCGCAACCAUUUACUGAGGAGCUGGAAGAGUGGUUCCAGUACAACGACUUUGAUCGCGUCAUGCUAAUGGGCACAAAAUCCACCUUCAAUCAACAAUGGCUUGCUUUUUGCACUGAACGCCUACCAGGUACCCCAGAGGUGUCUUGGACUGAUGCUUCGGAGGAUGUGCGUCGCGAGUUUGUCUCGAAGCUACUCGCUGACCUGCACCUUACGACUCCUGCGGUGAGACUCGAGGCACUUGAAAGCAUCUGUUACAUUGUGACCGGUGUAUGGGGUCUCACCGGAGGCCGGGUAGCAGCGAAAUAUCAUGCGGACGGCGAGAAAUCAUCAGUUGAAACACCUCUCCUUCAAUCAAUGCAGAUUGAGUAUAUCGAGAAGAGUAUCUCACUUGUUCAAGAAUGCUCAGGUCUUGCAACUCUGGUCGAGUACAUGUGUCGUCUUUUCGAUAAAACUCGCUCGGCGCUGGGAACCGAAUCCAACGGCGCUGGAUACGAAAAGCUCAGUCCCGGUGAUAUAGCUGCACCAGAAAGGGAAGCGAAUCUGGUUCUAACCAUUCUAUAUUUCGCCGUCGAAGUUGGUCGCAGACAAGAAGCGCAAAACGACCAGUGCACUCCGGUUCGCGAUGCGUUAGCAGGUUCAAACCCAAGCCUACUGGUCGCCAUCGUUGAGAUCAUCGCCCGGCUUCGAUGGGACGAGUCAGCCAAUAUCCCACUCACCAGAAUCUUACUCUUGCUCUGGAAAUCUUUGCUCUUAAUCUUUGGCGGGACUAACGACUUAAAACGCGCCAAGGAGGUCCUUGAGCCAGCUCUUUCUGCCGAAAAUGAUGAAUCCAAUCGCCGGACCCCAUUCCUACACGCCUCACCCCUGGACUACCACCUCUUCCGCCAGGAAAUUACUUCCAAAUACCCGGCUUACAACCCCCCACCUCUAAUCGUUCCUCUUGAGCUAGAGAACAACUCCAUCCUUCCACCUCUUCCACACAAUGCAAUCAAAAUGAACUCGUCCAGCGGCAUAUUCUGCGGCGCUGGCCCAUCCGUUGCCGGAGGAAACGGCUCUAUCCUCCAGCAAGCCGUGCACAUCGCAACGCCUGCACCCUCACCUCCACCAUCGCCCGUUGGCCCAGGAGGUAAGGUUGGAAAGAAACAAAAUUAUCAGACCAAUCAAAAUUUCCCCUUCAUGUAUCCGCCGUUGGAUGACUCUAGUAAUCGCAUUGGCGGAAAAGGCACAACCGAACGCCAAGACGCAUUGGUUGGCAAACGCUGGGAGGGUGGCGACGUACCAGCAUCAAUUGUUGAGGCUGGAAAGCUCUUCUCCACUCAUGUCAAGAUGACACGCGCUAUGCGGCAGCUUUGGCAGGAGCGAGAACACUUUAUGAGAUACGACCGUGGAUGGAAUUCGGAGGAAGCAGCACAUUUCCCCGAUAACAUGUCUGAUGACCUUCCUGACGACUUCGAGCAUUUGGACUUGUCUGGUGAUGAGCAAAAGCCCGAGCCGAAACCGAAGCCUGUGGAUAAAGAGACGGACGAUCCUGACGUCCAACGCCGAUUAGAUGCAGUUGAUUCCUUUUAUACCCAAACUUUGUCCCAUCUUCAAUCCAUAACAAUUGUAUUCUUGAAGAUAAUCUUGACGAAUGUCAGCUCAGUGGUUAGUCAAUCUGGAAGCCAGAAUAGCCAGGCCACGAGUGAUGGGAUGAGCAAUUCACAUCAUCUUCUCUCCGAUGCAUGUAUCGACGAACUAGACAACAUUCGCCUCAGAGAGAUUACAGGGAAAGCGGUUUCUGGAACUCUGUUGCUCCUUCUCAAGUGGUUCAAGCGAUCGCAUAUUCUCAAAUUCGAAUACAUGACACAGCUGCUACUUGAUUCCAACUACCUUCCGUUGAUUCUGAAGAUGUUCGCACACCAGGAUGUCGAUCAGGCAGUGGCACAGAAAAAUGAUCGCGAAGAUUUAUCGUUCUUCCACUUCUGCAACAGUAACACAGAUCACCCUCUUGACACUGGUGACCACUCGGAUGGCGAUACAGAAAGCGAAGACGAAGCGAUGCCACCGCCAAUCUCUCGUCACCGACCCGACCCAACGGCAAAUGGCAGCGCCCUAGGUCUUUCCGAAGAAGAACACCUAGCCGACAUUAUGCAUGGCUCGGCACGCCCCGAAGUGGACGAAUUGGGAUAUCCCACCGCACCACUUCCCAAAGAACCGAUCAAAACAUUCUCCUUCCGCAACUUUUUCUCUGCAAUCAAUUACCUCCAUGUGAUGCAAAAGAUUACACGAGACAAAGCCCAUCGCUGCUUGCUCCUGGUUCAAUACAAAUCGAGCAACAUUCUUCGGAAGGGGCUUAAGAUCCCAGAUCCUCACCUUCGCUUUUACACGCUCAAGCUUUUCAAAUCACAAGUCCCUUACUGCGGUCGGAAAUGGCGACAGAGCAACAUGCGCGUUAUUACCGCCAUCUAUCUUUAUUGUCGCCCGGAACUCCGUGAUGAUUGGCUCGCCGGCUCGGAUGUCGAUGCUGAGGUUGAGGAGGCUCUGCCACUUGAACAGGCUUUACGAGGCCUCACACACUGGUGGCAUCUGAGGCAGUACAAGGAUGUCAUGGGUGGGAAUGAGAAGGCUUCAAUAAUGGAAGAGGAGAGAGACUUCUUCGUCAGAGAACUUGAGUCCAUGGGCUGGGGUGCUGAUGAGUUCUUCGAGGAGCAGGAGCCGCAGAUGGUGAACUCGGGCACAGAGUGGGAAGGAGUCCCAUUGCCAAUGGAGGGCUGGUCUUGA